AUGGCGUGCCCACACGUUGCCGCAGCCAACCUCUCCAAGCCGACGCCGACGGACUCGGUAUACCGCGAGGACUGCACCCAGUGCUUCGACUCUAUCGAUGACCCCGCCGGUCUGGAUGUCUGUCUGAAAUGCUUCAACGGAGGCUGCGUCGGCGAUCGAAACCACGCGAAGCUUCACAGCAUCACCCGGAACCACCCCCUCGUCCUCAACAUCCGCCGAACCCGCAAGGCCGUCGUUCGCGAUGAGCCCCCGCCGAAGAUGUCGAAGCUUGCCAUUGCUGCCGAGACCGAGGCCGACCGCUACGACACGGCGCUAGCUGUCAAGUGCCUCGAGUGUGGGAUCCAAGACCUAGACAAGUUGGGCCCCGCCCUCGCUCCGGUGGUUGAGGGGAUCAUGAGUGCGAACACGUUCUCCAAGAAAGAGGAGGUCAAGGCCUGGGAGCAGGAGAUGACCAGCUGCGAGCACAUUCUCCUCAUGCAGCAGGGCCCGCCCCAGAAGAUCGAGUCGCAGGACCUUGGCCACUGCUCCAAGUGUGAUCUCAAAGAGAACUUGUGGCUGUGUCUAGAGUGCGGAAACCUGGGCUGCGGGCGGGCGCAGUUUGGGGGUGUCGGCGGCAAUUCUCACGCGUUAGCCCACAAAAACGAGACGACACACGGCGUCGCCGUCAAGCUCGGGUCCAUUACGCCAGAGGGCACGGCCGACGUGUACUGCUACAACUGCGACGAGGAGCGGGUCGACGAGAACCUCGGCGCGCACCUGGCCAACUGGGGAAUCAUCUUGUCUGAACGGCAGAAGACGGAGAAGAGCCUGACGGAGAUGCAGAUCGAGCAGAAUCUGCGGUGGGAGUUCUCAAUGACAACCGAGGACGGGAAGGAGCUGAAUCCAUUAUACGGACCCGGCCUGACGGGCUUGAAAAACCUCGGAAAUAGCUGCUAUCUCGCCAGUAUCCUGCAGUGCCUCUACGACCUGCCUUCGUUCCAGAAAAGAUAUUCCGGUGCUCUUGAAUCGGCCCUAGAUUUGUCGGAUCCCGCGCAAGACUUGGAGACACAGCUCCAGAAGAUUGGCGACGGACUCCUUUCGGGCAGAUACUCGAAGCCAGACUCGGACGUGGUUGCCUCGGAACACUCGCCCGAGCUCCCGCACCAAAAAGGCCUUGCGCCGGCCAUGCUAAAACAUCUCGUCGGGCGCGGCCACGCCGAGUUUUCGACCAUGCGCCAGCAGGACGCUUUUGAGCUUCUACAGCACCUCAUCAAGCUGAUCACGCGGUCCAAACACACGGCCGGGCGCGAGGACCCCACGCAAUCCAUGCGCUUCGUCAUGGAGCAGCGUCUGCAGUGCCUGAACUGCAAGAAGGUCCGUUACAGCAACGACGAGCAGGACAGCAUCUUCAUCGACGUGCCGCUUGAGAAGUUGCCAGCCGAGGAAGGCGAGGAGCCCAAGUACAAGCCCGUCACUCUGAAGCAAUGCAUCGACAACCUGACCACCUCGGAGGUGGUUGAGCUGACGUGCCCAUCGUGCGGGAGCAAGGACGGGUUCACGAAGCGCCAGCUCUUCAAGACCUUCCCCGAAGUUCUCGUUGUCAACGCGCGCAAAAUGGCCAUCAUCAACUGGGUCCCCGUCAAAGUUGACGUACCCGUGAUUGCGGGCGACGGGCCUUUUAGUCUGGACGACUACCUCUCGCCAGGCCUGCAGCCGGGCGAGGAAACGCUACCGGAGGAUUCGGCAGCUGCGGGUGGCGCGCCAGCGUUUGUCCCACAUGCCGAGUCGCUCACGAUGCUCGAGGGCAUGGGGUUCCCGAGGGUGCGCUGCGACAAGGCCCUGCACGCUACAGGCAACAGCGACGGUAAUGCGGCGAUGGAGUGGCUGUUUGCGCACAUGGACGACCCUGAUAUCGACGUUCCCCUCGACCUUGGAGGUGCCGUCGGCAAGGGAGGCGCGGCGGCUGACCCCGAGAAGCUGGCGACACUCGAGUCGAUGGGCUUUGUUGGCCCGCGCGCAGUAAAGGCCCUGGGUGAGACUGGUGGCGAUGUCGAGAGGGCGAUAGAUUGGCUGUUCAGCCACCUUGAUGACCAGGGAGAUGCGUCAGAGGAGCCCAACGCGAGCGAGCCCGCGGCAAGUGGCACGUUGGCCGGCAGCAGCAGCCUCCCCGCCACGUUCCAGCUACAGUCGAUUGUGUGCCACAAGGGAACAAGCAUCCAUGCGGGACACUACGUGGCGUUCAUCCGCAAGAAGCUCGGUGACGAGACUUCGUGGGUGCUCUUCAACGACGAGAAGGUGGUCAAGGUGGUGGACGUGGAGGAGAUGAAGAAGUUUGCCUACAUGUUCUUCUUUAAGCGCGUGUAA